CUCCUCAAAGAUGAUUCUCUUAUAAGUCUGAUAGCAUCUUCAUCAUAAACUUACAUUAACUCCAGCAAAAAUCAGAAACUUUUGUCAUAGGCCGAGAUGAGCACUUCUUUCCCAUCUCGAAAGCCCGAGGUGACCUUGUCCCUUACAUUGUCACCUGGUCCAACUCCACUUGAGGCCUUAAAGCCCGAAGAAAGAGGGAUCCGUCUUAUCCAACUGCUCCUAACAUGUGCCAAGCAUACCUCCUCCGGUAACCUACAUCGUGCCGAUGAGUGUCUCCGACAAAUAUCGCUGCUUGCCUCGGUGUCUGGUGACUCCAUGCAACGCCUUUCAGCACGGUUUGCGUCUGCCCUUGCCAUCCGCCUUGUCAAGCGUUGGCCUGGCCUACAUAAGGCGUUGAGCUACACUCAAUUGCCAAAACAAGAGUUAGAUCAAGCUAAGCCCCUCUUCGGACGAGCCUUUCCCUACCUUGGGUUCUCUUAUGCCAUCAUAGCCCGAACAUUGGUAAAGGCCAUGAUGGGGGAGAGAGUGAUCCAUCUUGUGGACUUAGGCUCCGGCGAUGGAAACCUGUGGAUCCCCCUCCUUCGGAGCUUUUCGUGCUCGCCGGGUGGACCUCCCCAUUUGAAGGUCACCUGUCUGAAUGCCAACAAGACUGUUCUAGAGAAGCUAGGCCCGAUGCUUGUAAAAGAGGCAGAAGCACUAGGCAUGCCUUUUCAAUUUAACCCUCUAAAUGUUAGUUUGAGAGAGCUAACGUUAGAUAUGCUGAAGAUCAGAUCAGGAGAAGCACUGGCUUGCAUAUCAAUCUUAAGCCUCCAUACCCUAUUAGCAGAGGAUGAUAGAGUAGAUGCACAUUUCGGCCACAACAAGAUCAAUGGCAUAAAAGAUUCCAAGCAAAUGUUCAUGUUUUUAUCGAUGAUUCGGUCAGUAUCACCCAAACUUUUGCUCCUAGUCGAAAAAGAAGCCGAUCAUAAUUUAAACAGAUUAGUGGAUCGAUUCGUAGAGGGAUUGCAUUACUACAGUGCUGUGUUUGAUUCCAUUGAUGCUACACUUGGGGCAAUGUCAAGUGGAGAAAGACAUGUGUUGGAAGAAAUGUUUGGGAAAGAAAUCGAAAAUAUUGUGGCAUGUGAGGGGCUUGAGCGACAAGAGAGGCAUGAGAGGUAUGGGAGAUGGAUGGUUAGAUUUGGGCAAGCUGGGUUCAAGCCUGUUAGAAUUUGGUAUGAUUCCAUGGAAGAUGCCAAGCAAAUGGUGGAAGCCUAUGGUAGAGAUGGUUACAAAAUUGUCAAUGAAAAGGCAAGUUUGAUGAUCUGUUGGCAUGAUAGACCACUAUACGCAGUAUCUGCAUGGACUUGUUAAAGGGUAUAGGUCACAUAGAUUAGGUAAUCUCUAUAUGGUAUGUGAAAUUAUAUUUAAAUAAUUUAGUGUUGGUCCAAAAGAAAAGACAAAUUUUCCUGUCUACAUGAAUUUUGUAAUUUGCAAACUUUUGUUUGCUAAAUACUUAAU